UUUCUGUCUUCAGCCUUCCCGUCCCGUUCUCCGCCUCAUCUUCUCCACAUCAGAGGAAUCCCGCAGCAGUAUGGAGAUCAUUCUACGAGCGCUUACAUUACUAUCAACAUUAUUAUGUCUGAUUGAUGCCAAACAGAGAGACUUUUACACCUUUAAGGUGGUAAACAGCAGAGGGAGGUUAGUUUCUCUGGACAAAUACAGAGGAUCGGUGUCACUGGUUGUGAAUGUGGCCAGUGAGUGUGGCUACACUGAUGAGCACUACAAAGACCUCCAGCAGCUCCAAAAAGACUUCGGGCCGUUCCAUUUCAAUGUGUUGGCCUUUCCCUGUAACCAGUUUGGCCAGCAGGAACCCGGCAGCGAUAAAGAGAUUGACAGCUUUGUGCGGCGAGUCUAUGGGGCUUCCUUUCCUAUCUUCAGCAAGAUCGCUGUGGUUGGAAUAGGAGCCAAUAAUGUUUACAAAUACCUUGUUGAGACCUCUAGAAAAGAGCCGACCUGGAAUUUCUGGAAGUACCUCAUUGACACCGAUGGUAAAGUGGUUGAUUCUUGGGGUCCCACUGUCUCCGUCAAGGAAAUCCGCCCCCAGAUAGCAGAUAUGGUUCGGAAGCUUAUCAUCAAGAGGAAAGAGGAGCUUUAAUCUGUUACAUCUGCUACUAAGGAAAAAAAACUGUUGACGCUCAGACAUCAAAGACACCUUUUUGAAGAAACAAAUGCUAAUUUAGGCCUCUUCAAUGCACAAAAUGACAUACCUCCAGUGCAACCCCCCUUUAAAAGGAUAGUUUCCCCCAAAAAAUGGAAACUCUUUCAUCAUUUACACAAACUCAAAUUGUUCCAAAUCAAUUUUAACUUUCAAGAGAAGUCCCUGCCUAAGAUUAUCAGUGAAUAAUGACUUAAAUUUAGAUUUUUUUUUUCCUCACACAAAGCUAUCAUAUGGAUUAAUAAGACUUGGAAUAUAGCGCAAAAGUCAUAUGGUCUCCUUUUAUGGUGCUUUUUGUCAUUUGUUUUGUAACUUAACAGUCCAUGGUCACCAUUCAGUUUCAUUGUAUGGAAAAGAGAAGUGUGAACAUUCUGCAUCUUCUCCUUUUGUGUUCCAUGGAAUAAAGAAAAUCAUACUGACACCAUGAUGUGUACAUUUUGACAUGUUUUUGGGUGAACUAACACUUUUAUCCGCAUGGACACUUGUGCUGUAUUCUUUUCUGAGGUUUGCCGCAUCAGAUUUGUCUCUUUUCACAUUUAUAUGGAGUUCAAAAGCACUGAGGAAUGAAGCAAGAAAAGACAACUUUUAUUAAUAAAUAAUAAAUGAACAAUUACGCUCAGACAUUACCGACGUACUUAAUGACACACUACAUGUAAUGUCUAAUGGAGCAGCGAAUCUUACAGUGUCUUGAAAAUGUGGAGUAGAAAUGUUUCUUAUUAUAUUACCAUUAUUAAUUUUGACUGUUGCAAAGGAAAUAAGUAAAUCAAAGCAGUAUAUUUUAAUACCAUGUGUAUUAUAUGAGUGGCUCCAUUAAAAAUGUUUUC